AUGGAGAUAAAAACCGCCAGUAAGAAGGACGGCGGGUACAAAGAUGGCUCGUUCUACCUAAAAGGCCCGUUCUGCCACACGCUGAAAACUCUGGUAGGAGACGUAUACAACGCCAUUAUUGAGGCCGCUGGGGUCGAAGACUGCCCUAUGCCGGGCGAUCUUGAAGUAACCGACUUCUACCUGGACAGUGAUAAAUUAAACGAUCAAAUUUUGUACGGCGAGUACAGAGCUAGAAUCCACUUCUUUGUCGAAGAACAAUUGAAGGGAUGCUAUUUGAUGUACAUGAAUUUAGUUCCAAAAGAAGAUUGA